GGAUGCGUUAAUAUUACUUAUAAUUUCCCCGGAUGUAAGCUCAAUACCGAGUAUCUUUUUAGCCUCUUUACUAAUCUAAAUUCAGUCUCCCUUCUCAAUCUACUAAUAUCUUACGAAAUUACUAAGUUUACUGCAAAUAAUUAUAUUGCAGCAGCUACUAUAAUUAUAAUAUUCAACUCGAGUCUCUUUAAAAUUAUAGUUCCCGUAAUAAUCAAUACCUUU